AUGAUUCAAAAACAGAGAACAAUGCGGGCUUUUCGCUUACUGGAGUACGGAAAACCUGGGCAGUAUUGUGAUGUUCCAAUUCCUGUACCUGCAAAGGGCGAGGUCUUGAUCCGGAUGAAAGCGGCAGGCCUUUGCCGUUCUGACCUCGACAUGGUAGAUUCACUUCCAGGAUCAGAUCCUUACGCUUCAGCAGUCGAUGCGCCAUACACGCUCGGGCAUGAGAAUGCAGGUGUCAUUGAAGUUCUUGGAGAAGGUGUCACCGAUUUGCGACUUGGUGAAGGUGUGGCUGUUCGUCAUAUGCCUCACUGCAGCCACUGCGAGUACUGCAUCCGUGGUAUCUCACAGCAUUGUCUGACUCACCGGCGUGGAGCAAUUGAGAUCAACCGAGGUACUGGUUGGGACGGUGGACUUGCGGAAUUCAUGAUCUGUCCUCGUGAUCAGCUUGUUUCGAUUGGGGAUGAAGAUCCCAUCAGAUAUGCUCCCCUCACAGACGCCGGUGUUACUGCCUAUGGCGCUUUUGGUACCGUUAAGAAUCGCCUACGACCUGGAACUUCGGCCAUUGUCAUCGGGGCUGGCGGACUUGGGGUUUAUGCGAUCCAGUACCUCAAGAUGCUUAUUGGAGUUAAAGUCUACGCAGUCGACACGAACCCAAGCCGUAUCAAAAUUGCUGAGGAACUUGGCGUCGAUAUGGUAUUCAAGGCAGGACCCCUGGCAGCUAAACAGAUUCUCGAAGCAACAGGUGGGAAAGGGGUGGACGGGAUACUUGAUUUUGUUGGGUCUAACGAGUCGUUAAAGUUAGCAGCUGAUAUUUCACGACCAGGAGGACGAAUAGUGCUUGUUGGGAUGCAAAUGGGGACUGUCGAAUUAGGCUGGAACAAGAUUGCUACGAGCUGCGAAUUUGCAAUUUCACUCGGAUCAACUCGACAGGACCUCGAGGAGGUUUGUCUACUUGCACGUGAAGGGAAGCUUAGAAUUGAUGUAGAUGAGUUUUCCUUUGACGAAGUACCUGCGGCAUAUGAGGCACUUCGCAACGGCAAGCUUACUGGACGCGCCGUUGUUGUAUUCGACUAG